AUGGCUGAAUCGAAGGCAAGUGAAGUUUGGAUCGACAGUGCUGGGAAGGCUGCAGACAUAGGCCCCCAGAAACUGGAGGCACAAGAGCAGUAUUACGCAGACCCCAAUAUUCAGGAACAUCAGCAUGUCCUCGACACUGAUGGCGCUCGUGAUGCUGAACGCCAAUACAUGAAGAAAUUGAACCUCAUUGUUUUGCCCACAAUUUCGGCCUUGUACUUCUUCGAGUACUUGGAUCGAGGCAAUAUAGCAAAUGCCAAAUUGUUGGGCAUCGACGAAGGCCAUGGCACUCCAGACAAUGGUGUUGGCCCUGGAACCCAGGAGCUGUCCGCAACGCAGUGGCAAGCGGUCAUCAUGAUUUUCUACGUUGGCCUCAUCUUAUUCCAGUGGAUCGCGUUUUCAGUCUGCGGCUGGUGCGUAGUCUGCGUCCUCCAAACAGUGGCGCUGAACUGGGCCGCUUUGCUCGUUUGCCGAGUAUUCCUUGGUGUUUUCGAGGGUCUCUUCGGCACUGGAAUCGUCUACUACCUGAGCAUUUGGUACCACCGUGAUGAACUCGGCGUUCGGGUUUUCUGGUUUCUUGGACCUACAGCCAUCGCAGGAGCAUUCGGCGGGCUGAUCGCAUUCGGCAUCGGCCAUAUCCAGUCCAGCGUCCAGCAAUGGAAACUUCUUUUCAUUAUUGAAGGAAUCCCCGGGUUUUGCCUUGGUCUUUUCUGCCUCUACUGGCUCCCGGAUCGGCCGACGAAGAACUCCAGAUUCAAGGGCGAACUGCAGAAAGUCGCACUUGCCCGGUAUUGGAGGGAGACCACGGACCAAAAUCCUGGUAUCAGCAAGAAGCAUUUUGUGCUGGCUCUGACCGAUUGGAGACUCUAUGUCCAAUCUGCAAUCUAUGUCCCUACGGCUGCCUUGCUGUCCUCUAUUUCAGGGUUUCUGCCCUCGAUAGUCAAAAGCUUGGGAUACAAGGCUACAACUUCCGCCAAUCUGAUGACUGUUCCACCGUAUGCGUGUGCGUUUGCUUUGAUGUAUGUCACAUCAUGGCUCUCGGACCGCUAUCGAAGCCGAGGAAUUCCGAUUUUCAUUCUCUCCUGCACUGCAGCGGUGAUGUACGCCUGUCUUGCGAAUUUGGACGACAACCAUUUAUCGGCAAAAUAUGGCUGCAUGUGCGUCGCCGUCGCCUGUGUCUACGCAACCUAUCCCCCAAGUCACGCUUGGGCAGCGAACAAUUUUGGCAACGAAACCAAAAGAGCGGUCGGGAUGGGCGCGUACACUGCGAUCGGGAACCUAGGCUCGAUCGCGGGCUCGUACUUUUAUCCCUCCACGGACGCGCCGCAGUAUCGCAAGGGACAUUAUCUGUGUUUUGCCAUUUCGAUUGCAACCGCAGCCAUAACGUUCGCCAAUACCCUGAUCCUGCACAAGAUUAACCGUCGACGCGAUCGGGAGUACGGCACGCCGCUGAAGGGGCACUCCAUCAAUGUUUCAGAGGACGCCGACGCCAACCCGAUUCAUGAGAAAAGAAGGUCAAUCGCUAUUGGAUCCUAA